GUUUUGUCGGCCUGUGGAACCACCAAACAUCAACAACGCUGCUGAUUACCAAGCAGUAACAGAGGGGACUUAGAUGUAGGCUGCAGGAGGGGGAGGAGGGGCGAGGGAAACUCAGACGGGAACCUCUCUAAGUCUUGCACCGGUCUAACUCGCUGAGCACGGUUUCAGCCCGGCACUCGCCCUGUUGACACAGCGUGGGACACUAGUAAACCGAAGCUCGAUGGGAAGUUGCCGGCCAGGAGAUGAAUCGAGUUGUUCGCUCUGCCGUGCCGUGGAGUGGGGAUGCGCGGAGAGUGUGAGACACCACCAUCCAGGAAGACCUGUUCCCUCCGCGACCGUUUCCCUACAACGCGAUGGAUCCUCCUCAGAGACAAGAUGCAAGUGCCACCGACCUCCCCCUGCCUCUGACAGAGGAUCUACACGGAACGCACAUUUACGAGUGCCUUGAAGUCUGUAGUGGAAAUGAUGAAGCACACUUGUAUGAGUGCACCUUGUCCGGGCUCAUAUCCCCAACUGAUCCUCGACCACCACCCCCAGGCCAUCUCUGUACCGGGAAUGCCGAACACCACAGCACAAAUGGGCCUCCCUCGCCGCUCAGAACCAGGCUCCCCAGUGCUUGUUUGCCAGGAAGACAAGGCCGCGCAGCCCCCCCUGUCCCCCCCAGGACACGAGUACCCCUGGGUGACCCCGCCGAGCCUGCUCGCAAACUGAAUCGUUCCAGGACAGAAGUAGACAAUCAGGAUCCAUGGACUGUUAAACUAAUAGAUGCUCCGCAAGGCAGCACCAGGAGGCUGGCUUCUUUUUGUGACGCAACUUCCAAGCUGGUGGCCCGGUACAAACACACAGACGGCGUUCACAACUCAGGUGUGGUAUGGGGUCGAUUGUUAGAGGUCCACCCUGCGCUGCUGCAGCAGGUGGAGGUGAACGUCAGUGUGGCCAACGAGUGGGACAAUCACCAGCUCCCCUUCCCCACCACCGUGAACAGGACGGUGAGGAGUCUGAUUGAUGAAGUCUUCCUGCUGCUGGACCUCACUCCGAGCACAAGUGGGAAUUAUGUUCUAAAACUUUGCGACACUGAGGAGUAUCUCCGAAAUGAGGAACUGCUGGGUAUGCACGAGACGAUUCAGAUCUACCGCAAGUUUAAACUAGAAGUCCCCCUCCGACUGCUCCACGUGAACAACCUCAAAUACCGCCUGGCCAGGGAUGGAGCAGAUGGCAGGACCCCAUGCCAAGUGUACCAGUUCCUGCGUCCUGCCUGUGUCUUCAACACCUGCAAGUUGAGCCUGCAGGUUUUGCUCAGUAGCUACAACAGAGCGGUGACAGAGCUAAUGAAAAGUAAGUCUGGGAUGAACAUUAGGGUGCUUGUGGGCCGUGUUCGCGCCAUCAGCAAUCUUCUGUGUGGGCUCUCGUGUCAGGGGCUGGAGGAUGCCAUCGCCGGGCUCAACAAACUCAGUCCCAUACCUUUGAUUCAUUAUGAGGUGGCUGAGUAUGAACAUGCGGUGAGCACGCUCCACGGGGAGCUGCUAAAAGUGCUGCAGAUCUUUUUUGACAACUUCCAGUCGGACUUCAGAGCUCAGGAGGUAACCCGCGACCUGCGGGCCGCUGAUGUUGAGGACAACACUGACAUCUGCCAAUUCCACAUCGCUGCUCUCUACAAACUACAGCUUAGCUGGCUGACCAUUUAUGAGUACUUCUCUGUUUCCUGUGAGCUGACGUACAGAGGAACGAAGAUCUGCGACACUGGCGUUUCUGAAAAUAUCAGCACCGCCUUGUCAUACGGAAACAAGAUCCAGUGUAACCGCAUGAUGGUGUUCCCUGUUCUAGUAAAAGAGCUGCCAUACGAGAGCAUGUUAACGUUCCACCUCAAAGGCUCUAAGAAAGGAAGGAGCCCGGAGCUUUUAGGCUGGGCUGUACUACCUCUCUACAGCAACAGGACUCUGGUAGCAGGGACCGUCCUGCUUGGUAUGUCCGCGCUGGCUGGGAUGCCUGCUCCUCCCUCCCCUGCCUUGUUUGACAGCCACACACAAGCCGUCGGGGUCAUACUUCAGCUUGAGUUUCAAAAUCAGUUUAGCUGGACAUAUCAGAGGCCCAUCGCACUCCCUGGUUCAGUCAUGUUCUCUCAGUCUUGUGAGGAAUUGCAAAAGAAAAUGCUGGACGUCUCUAAGAAGCACUGCCUCCGCUUCCUAACAGAAAAUGAGAAGACUUUCCUCUGGGAAAAGCGUCACUGUGGUGACAAAGCAAGCACGUUCCUCCACCUGCUGCUGGGUGGAGCCUGCCGGUGGCAGCCUGAAUACUUGACAGAAAUCUAUACUGUCGUAGACAACUGGCCCAUCCAUCUACCUGAGGAGGCCCUCUUCCUGCUCGGUGACAGUUUUCAUGAUCAGACUGUGCGGAGGGCUGCAGUUCAGUACUUUGAACAGAUAACAGAUGGAGAACUAGAGGUGUUUCUGCCACAGCUGGUCCAGGCCCUGAAGAGUGAGUGGGAGUUGGAUGGACCUCUGGUGAUGCUGCUGUUGGAGCGAUCACUGAAGAACAUACGAAUCGCCCAGCAACUCCACUGGCUGCUGGAGGAUGCCCACAAUGACCCCUACUACGAGGGUUGGUACAGUAAGAUUCAGGCUGCCCUGCGGCACUGCUGUGGCCGGACACUGAGGCAGGAGCUGGAGCACGAAACCCGCCUGAUGUCCGUGCUUGCACAGAUGGCUGACAAGGUUCGCACUGCCGACAAAGCUCGACGCAAGAAUGUUUUGAAAAAAGAAAAGUGGAAGAUUGAUGACUUCUUCACAGAUGGAAUCAGCUGUUGUCUACCACUGGAUCCUGCAGUCCGUGUAAAGGCAGUGGACAUGGAUGCCUGUAAGUUUUACAACUCCAAUGCUGCUCCUCUGGGGAUCACAUUCAUCUGUACUGACCCUCUGGCCACGAACGUCAGUGUCAUCUGCAAGACAGGAGAUAACCUGCGUCAGGACAUGCUGGUACUUCAGAUAGUCCGCGUGAUGGACAGGGUGUGGCUCCAGAAGGGGCUGGACCUGCAAAUGAUCACCUACAGGUGUCUUUCUACGGGCAGAGCUCAGGGUCUAGUGGAAGUGGUUCCAGAGGCAGUGACCCUGGGGAAGAUUCAGCAGGAGUGGGGCCUGGGUGGGACCUUUCGUGAGGACACACUGGAGAAAUGGUUCCACAUGUGGAACAGAACUAAGGAGGACUAUGAGAAGGCUGUGAUGAACUUCAUCCACUCAUGCGCAGGGUGGUGUGUGGCCACGUUUAUCCUGGGGAUCUGCGACCGCCACAACGACAACAUCAUGUUGAAACACAGUGGACACAUGUUCCACAUUGACUUUGGCAAGAUUAUGGGCAAUGCACAGAAGUUUGGAAGCUUUAAAAGGGACCGGUCACCAUUCAUCUUUACAUCUGAGAUGCAGCACUUCAUCACAGGCGGCGGCCAGAAGCCUCAACGCUUGCAUCGCUUUGUGGAGCUCUGCUGUGAAGCUUACAACAUAAUCAGAGAGCGCUCUGCACUGAUACUCAGCUUGUUGGAGCUGAUGCUAUAUGCAGGUAUGCCAGAACUGAAGGACUCUAAUGACCUGCAGUAUGUCCAGAACAACCUCAGACCACAUGACACUGACCUGGAGGCCACAUCCUACUUUACAAAGAAGAUCAAAGAGAGCAUAGGUUGUGUCGCAGUCAAGUUUAACUUCCUGACACACAGCAUGGCUCAAGGGAAGAAACAAGAACCACUAACCAGGGACGGCAUCCCCACCCCCAGCACCAACAUCCAAGAAGCUAUCAUCCAGGGAUACACCGUCAAGGGAAAAGAUGUGCUCUAUGACCUGAGAGUAACCAUUCAUGAUGGUUUUCUGAUCAGUGAGAAGACAUUCGGGCAGUUUGAGCUGAUCCACAAGCAGCUGCAGAAAUACUUCAUUGAAUCCAUGCUGCCUCAGUUUCCUAGCAGGUAUAAGAUGUCAAUCACCCCAGCAAAGAAGAUGUCUCUGCUGAAUAAAUACCUACAACAGCUGUUUGAGGGUCCAUGCAAGGGAAAUGAAUUUGUGUGCAGCUUGUUCCUGGAUGGCCCCAGCAUAGUCCAAAAAAAUGUGGCGACAGGAGCCCGUCCUCAGAUCCAGCUGUACAUUUCUUACGCUAACUCUAAGCUAUCAGUCUUGGUAAAACACCUGAAGAACAUUAAGCAGGCAAACGGCUCUAACCCUGACGCCUACGUGGUCACACAUCUGAGACCAGACCCUCAGCAGCGCUCAAAGAGAAAGACAAAGGUGGUCCGCAAUAAUGACAACCCCACCUUCAAUGAACUGCUGGAGUACAGUUUUGUCCCGAUGCUGUAUGGGAUGGUGCUUGAAGUGACAGUCAAGAGCAAGAAAACUUUUGUGGCUGCAACCAACAUUAAACUGGAAGGCGAGUUUCUUGACAAGGAAAGGUGGUUUCCCCUCGGGAACUGUGCAAUCUGACAUCAGAGAGCUGCGCUGUCUGCCCACUGCCAACAGGGGGUGCAGCCACACUGAGGGAGAGAAUCCAUUCAGAGAUUUUUCAGACUGUUUUAGUAUGACAAAUUCACCUGAGAGGAGGAACUAUGCACUGUUGUUUUUACCUAUUUAUCAGAUGCAACUUAACCCCACUCCAGAGCUAAACACACUGGCAGUUUGUGGGGUGUUUGGAUGGCGUUACAAAGCUGAGUUAAAAGACUCAGGGAAAGAGACUGUUUACUGUGUGAAGUAUCAUUUACCUUAUCCAUUUAUUUUUAAAUAUUAAUCAAAUGAAGGUCAUUUGCCAAAUAAGCCGGAAUUUUUAGAAAUAGCAUUAGUAAUGUAUGAAGGAAAGAAACUUUUACUUUCGUGCGUGUACUUUCAUUUGUACUUAAACUUUCUUUUCGUCACUGUGAGUCAAAACAGUCCUUGUAAAUGUGUGUGGUCAAGACUGUGGUCAAUGUGACAGAAUAAGGAGGAGGUGAUGCAGUUUAAUGCAGGAGCUUCCUGCCUGUUACCUGCCCAGACUGAAUGUGUGUGUCCCCUUGGGUUGUGUCAACUGGAUGUCCUUGACCAGCGGAAGUGGAAGUGGGAGGCAGGAGCGUGAGGAGGGGAGGAGAGGGGUGAGGGGUGAGGGGAGUGUGUGAACAGGAUGACAACUCUGCCUCUCUGGCCUGGGGGGCUGAGUUAACACUCUCCCCCUCUCUACAUCCUUUGUCUUAUCCGUCAGUGGCAUUCAAACAUGCAUGCAAAAACACGCAAAGGCAGACACUCGAAUGCCUAUGCAAAUACCCCUCAAAAAGCACCUACACACACACACACACACCCGCCCACUCUCACUUUCGAGGCUAAGGCAGGUCUUAAAGCCAUCCUCCUCCUGCCAUACUCUCUUUUACUCUCUGACCCGUACUCUCCUCCGUCUCAUUCAUAGGGUGUAGUGAUGAACGAAGAUAGACGUAGACUUCCCUGCACUGGGUUUGGUUCAAUAAUGUAUACCUCUGUGAAUGCUAUUUAUAUUAUUCCCUGCUGGGUCUCUCACAGGGAGGUAGGCUAGGAGGAAAAUGCCAGCUGGUACUCUUUCAUAGUAUUGUUCCUGGAGUAUUAAUGUAUCCUGGCAUUACUCAUCAAUUUCAGCCCUAAUAUAAGAAUUACAUCUGUUGUUUGGAAUAGAUGAUGAAUCAAAAAACAACUAUUGUGAGGUUGCGUAAUAUCUUAUGUGUGGUCAGCUCUACUACAAUAAUUUCACUUGCGUCAAUUCUUAAUUCUGUAAUAAGAAUCUGAUACGUUACUUGAGGGAUUUCUCCAUUGCUUGAGUGAUUCUAACAGAGUUAUUCUUCAUUAGAGGUCUUUUCAGCCCUGCUGGAACCUCCUGGUAUUUUCCUCUGCAGCACACAGUGCACGCACAAGAAAAGGGCACAUGUAUUUUCUGACAAUAAAAUUGAUAUUUAUAUCGGAGGAAA